AUGUGGAGAAUAUAUGGCUUUAUUCUUAAUGAAAUGUAUCCAUUAGUUUACAGUUUACAUCUACAUCUUGAAGAUCAAUAUCUGGUAGCUUUUCAUGCACAUGACGACCUUAACAAUGUUCUGAGAUCUGAUUUUACGGCAAAAUCAAUGUUGACUGAAUUCUUUUUAACAAAUCAAGCUAAAGAAAAUGCACGAAGACUACUGUACAAAGAAUUUCCUGAAGCUUUUGUUUGGAACCAACAACACAAAAUAUGGACUCCAAUAAAGAAGAAAACUGUUAUAGGCAGCAUUGUUACAGCAAGUCCAUUCGAAGGUGAAAGGUAUUACUUACGGAUAUUGUUAAAUCAUAUAAAAGGCCCUUUAUCAUUUGACCACAUCAAAACAGUUGGCAAUGUCACUGCACCAACCUUUCGUGAAGCAGCUACAUUACAUGGUUUGUUACAAAGAGAUACCAGUUUGCAAGAUUGUAUGCAAGAGGCUUCAUUAUACCAAAUACCACACAGUUUAAGACGGUUAUUUGCAACAAUUUUAGUAUAUUGUAAUCCGACAAAUCCUAGAGAACUUUGGGAAUAUUUUGAACAAGAUAUGUCAAGUGAUUUCCAAACAAGUGUUGCAACAUCAGCAGAUAUUAGGACAAAAUUCUUACGAAGCAUCUCUUCUACACUUGAAUCGAUGGGAAAAGACAUAAACAUGUUUCAUUUAAUAGACCAUGAUGUUUCUUUUGAUCAGAAUGAAACUGAAUCCAGUGAAAUAAAUGAUGAAUUUGCAGUUCUGAUACCAGAAGAAGAUCUUAUGGCUUCGAUGAGUUUUAAUCCUGAACAACAACAUGCAUAUGAAUCAAUUUUACAGAAAGUCCUUCUAAAUGAAUCUGCUGCAUUUUUCAUUGAUGGUCCUGGUGGAACAGGGAAAAUAUUCUUAUAUAAAGCACUUCUUGCUACAGUGUGA